UUUUUUUCUUCGGUAAGCUGUCAAACGCGUUAAAGUUGGAGAGAAACGAACAAAAACAACACUAUUUUUGAUUUAUUAUGGACCGAAAAGUGAAAAUUUAGCCAACUACCGUCGAAAAUUGAAGAAAUCGUGCGUCAACUCGGAUACGGUAAUUUUCACCGUUGUAGUUAAACUAGUGGAAAUCUUGUUCGUGUGCUGAAUCAGCAGGAAAAACUACUUGUGGAAAAGUGCUCAACUUGUACUCAACCAACUCAAUCCACAAAAAGGGAAGAGGAAAAAAAUCAACAUGUCUGUGGUUUGAUGUAGUUUUGUGGGAUUUUUUUCACAAUCGGGACAAUCGUAACUUAUUUUGAAACAAACGGCGUAAUUCCGUCCCGAUUGUUUGUGGAAAACCAGGGUGUUGCUGCAACGUUUUUGUUCGGCUACGUUCACACAAUAGGGUUCUAAAGGUUCACGAUGAGCAACUCUGCCGGAGGAUUUCGAGGUCCCGGUAGUGCCGGGAGUGGCCGACCGGAGCCUAGUAAGCGUUUCUCGAUUCACGAUGCCUUCGAGGAGGAAACGGACGAGGUCAUCAAAGUGUACGGAUCGACUGUGAUAUCGACGCCUAUGCGGGCCAAGGCCAGAUCUCCGGACGAUGUGUCCAUCCGGGUGCACCACGACCAAAGGACGCUAAAGUACACCGAUGAUACCACCUCCAGGGACAGUGACUCGCUGAUACAGGAAUACGGCAACCUGUCGUCCAACGACACCUACACCUACUGCUGGCGCCACCCGAAGGUUCGGGAAAAUUGGCGAACCGUCCUGGCCGCAGCCACCCUACUAGUCAUCGGAACCGGCCUGAUAGCCAUGGGGGCGUACGCCAUCGCCGAACCACACAACGGAUCCCAGGCAGCAGUCUUCUUCGUAGCGGGAUUCAUCUGUUUUGUGCCCGGAGCAUACCACGUGGUGUACAUCUGGUUGGCUGCCCGGGGCUACCGGGGAUUCGACUUCUACCAUUUGCCUUUGUUCACGUAAGAUCAAUUCUAAUGGCUAGGAAAUGUGCUCGAAAUUAUACGAAAUAGACAAGUUUGCUCAUGAAUCCUUCCCUGGGGAGAAGGAUCCGUAGAAGGGCUUGAAAGAACACUAGAUAGUUCGACGGUAGGUAACUCGACUAGACGAGAUGUGAUUAAAUUAUAAGUUAUUUAGGUACCUUUUAUUUCUUUACUGUUUUAAUACACUGUUAGAGUUACGCUGCUAUAUACACUGUCCUUUGUAUAGUCACUUUUAUAACUAAAUAUAUGGGAUAUUUUUAUAACCACCCCAACUAAAUAAAACUAAAUCGAAUUGGCGAUUUUUUGACCACUUUUAAAUGAAUUCUAUUGUUUUGAUUAAAACUAGGCGAUGAAAAAAUGAAGAAGUGUUCAUUAUUGCUCGAUUGAAUAGUCGUUACCUUGUUACAUCUUCCGAAUGAACGGAAAAGAUCUUUGAACCAGGUAAUAGAUCUUCCUUUGCGAGAGAGUUUGUCUUCUUAUAUUGUCAUAUACGCCAGGUCUGGCAGCAGGGUUCUUUUUAGAUACUUGAUAUCUAUUUUAUUGCUAGUCCCAAAAAAAAAUCAUUAUUUUCCAAAAUGCCUUUCCAGAAUUGCCUUCAAAAUUGUUUCCACCAAUUCCAGUUUCCACAGUUUUUCCAGUAAUUACUUAAGCAGAUCUUCACAUUUCUACAAGACUCCUUCGGAGAAAAUACCCCCUUCAAUUUUUGUUGUAAAAAUUCUUUUAAUGUAUUUCCAGGAACUCUUUCAAGUAUUGCUCAAGAAGUUUCUACGUCGAUUUUUAGUUAGUUCUCCGGCCAUUUAUCAAGGUUGAGAAACAGAACUCUAAAUAACAUUCAUAAACGGAAAUUGCCUCAAAAUUCUUGCAGAGAUUACACCAGGAAAUGUAUUAGGAUCUCUUCUAGAUAUUCUUCCACGAUGGCGUUUACAGUUUUUUUUUUCUUAUAAACAAUACUCGAGUAAUUUUAAAGGCAAAGGGUUCAUGGAUUCUUCAUAAUUUUAUUUGAGGUUUCACAUCAGUGAAUACUAAAGAAAUUAUUCCGAUCAUUUCUAAAAGUUUCUGCAGGGAUUCUGUUCAAUGUUUUUUUUUCAAGCGAUACCACCAGAAAAUCCUGCAGGGUUUUAUCGAAUCUCUGGAUAAAACCCUGCAGGAUUUUCUGGUUAUGUUAUUGUGCAAUAAUACCUGGAUUUUCUUCAGGGACUUUUCUAGUGUUAACAUAAUAAUGUUCUUGACGACUCCCUGGAGUCAUUCGUGGGAAAUUUUUCAAAGAAUUUCUGCUGGAGUUUCUAAAGUAAUCGUAGGUGGAAAAUUUUUGGUCAAAAUUUCGGACAAACUGAACGGCAAUUUUGGUGAAAAUCCUAAGAAAUCAGUGGUAGCAUCUCUGGAGAAAUUAUUGCAUAAUCUCAUUUAAAUUUCAUAAAACGGAAAUCUUGGGCGAAAUCCUAGCGACAUCGAUUAAGCAAUCACUGGAUGAACUCCAGGUUUUUGUUGAUACAUGCGUGAAAGAAUAUUUGUAAUAAUUCCUGAAGAAAAUCAUGGUUGAGUUUCUUGAGUAGCGUUUCCGGUACCUCAUGCUGAGACCGGUUCUACUGUACUGCAGCAGUCAGUACCGGUAGUACCGGGAAAAUCGAGCAAUAAUACUGUAGUUUUGCUAUUUUUCAUAAUGCUUAUAAUAUCCAUGGGAACAAUUAACCUUUCGGCUGUCACGUGAUUUGCCACCACCAGAACUGCUUUACUGAUGGUACGACAGCCGAACUUUUUCUAUGAGCGUUCUGCAAUUACAACAACGUCGUUCCUGAAGUGUUAAGAUGAUCAUUUCAAACUAUUUUUUUGUAAGUUACACACCUAUUACUCUUUUUCAAAACCGAUCGCUAAAACCACCCUUCUAAUAGCUUCUUUUCGAAUUCUCAAGGCUAUGAAUUUCAAAAUCAUAUAGUCACCAGUUUGGCGUAAGGAUGUGCAAUACAUUAUGAGAUCUCUUUGUGAAAAAUAAUUUUCAAAGCUAGAGUUUUCGUUCGACUAACGUUAAAAGCAUUAUCGACAUCAUAUUCAAUAUCAUAAAAUGAUAAAAUUUAAGGUUUAAAUAAUAUUACUGAUUAUCAAAAAUACCGGAGCUAAUAUCAAGCUCGGUACCGUCAUUUCGGGUGAAAUUGAUCACUUUUCACGGUUUUUCUAGAAUGUUAACAA